AACAUGGCCAAGAUGGGCCUGACCCUCGGGAACCUCACGGCCAAGACCUCAACGAUUGCAUACCGCACGUUCUUGCGGCCGAUGAUGGAAUACGGCCUCGCCCUCGACGCCAUCCCAAAGAACGAACAGAAGCGGCUCCACCGGACACAAACCUUCUGCCUGAACUUACUGUUCCGCACCGCUCGCACGACUUCACACGGAGCACUGCACCUCAAUUGCGGAUUACCCACGAUGGCGACAAGAGCAAAGGUCCUCGGCAUCCAAUGCCGAGCACGAUGGGAAGACGUCGCCACACACGACGACAAGAUGAUCGCCCUCAUCACCCGCUUUAUCCGAUCCACGGCGAUGAAGGACCAGCCAUACCUUGGCAAGCCCUUCUACGAAAGCAUCCAAUGGAACCUGACCUGCACCCGCAAGGAGAAGAACGCCACGUUCUCGAUGUCCAUGGCCUUUGCCAAGGACGACGACUCGACCACGGAUCGCACACAGAUUCUGUCGGUCAAAACACUCAUGCUGACCCACGAUGCCCACACAUCGUUCAAGCGAGGACAGCAGCUGACGGCUGCGUGCACACCAAGAACGAAGAUGUCGGGAGUCUGGACCCAACUUGGACCAAGCAUCCCACGCAGACUACACGUAGUAAUGGUGUGGUGGAGACUGGGGGCAUUCACCUGGCACCCACACGGCAAGUACCGCCUCUGUAAAAAGUGCAAAUGCAACGGCGAAGGCCGAAUCGAGCUGAGCAGAUCCCACGCACAGACGUGUGUGGAUGAGGAAGACACCUUGGACGCCCUGGUACAGGGCUAUAAGGAUAUUUUCACUGGAUGGACCGAGCCCGAGACCGAAGGUGUCGGGCCUAUUGAUAAAUUGUUGGAUAUGCUGGGAGAGGUUGGCAAGCUGGAAAACGAAGAACCCAUCGUGGGACAGGCCUUCAACGGUCUGUGGACUGAUCUGGAACAGAUAUUCCAUACCCUGAUGUGGAGACUCGCUGGAUGGCAAGCCAGGCCCGGCGACAUUCCCGAGUGGGACUUUUAAAACACUCGAUGUACUCCAUGAAGAGCGAGAUGCCGGGGACCACGGGGUCCUGAUGGAUAGUG